UCACCUUGCUACGGCCCUGAUCUGCUAUACGUCACAUGCUGUUUCUUUUAUAAUACUCACCAUGGUCAUGAGCAAAUACAAACAAGUUAAGUCCUGUCAGCAUCUGGGCUAAGUCAUCAUAGCGGCCGCAGUGUUCCCCAGCACCAUGAGCGAUAAAUACGAGGGCCCUAAAUGGAGCAUCAAGGUAUAAAGCAUUAACUUGGAAAUCAGCCUAGAAAGGCACCAGAGCUGUGGGUAAAAACAGCAUCAUCAUUUUAUCAACAAGCACCUCAGACAUCAACAAAUUCAAGCCAGAAAUAUUUUAUGAUGACGGCAUAUCACUUUGAGAGCAAUCGGACAUGCAAAUAGACCUUCCAAAAAUCAAGCAAGUUCUUGAAGAGAUUUAAAAAUAGAAAAUUUGGAGUUUUAUCAUGGAUCACAAGACCGAAGGGAAAAGGAAGCAGCGACAUAGCUUGACUUUACUGGAUCAAUUAAACAAUAUGAAAGAAUUAACACAAAUGAUUGAUGUGGUCCUUGUAGCAGAAGGUGAGAAGUUCCCCUGCCAUAAACUGAUAUUAGCUGCAUUCAGUCCCUAUUUCAAAGCCAUGUUUACCUGUGGCUUGCUUGAAUGCACCCAAAGAGAAGUGGUGCUCUAUGACAUCUCAUCAGAGAGUGUGUCCAUAAUACUCAACUACAUGUACAGUGCAGAUUUGAACCUCACUAAUUUCAAUGUCCAAAGUGUUGCUGUUGCUGCAUUUUUUAUGCAGAUGGAAGAUGUUUUCAAUGUGUGUCAGAAAUACAUGAUGGACCAUAUGGAUGCUUCCAACUGUGUGGGGAUCUACUAUUUUGCAAAGCACAUUGGGGCAGAAGAAUUGUCCGAUCAAGCUAGACAAUAUUUGUAUCAGCACUUUGCUGAGGUGAGCUUGCAUGAAGAAAUAUUAGAGAUUGAAGCACAGCAAUUGCUGAGUCUCAUAAGAUCAGAUGAUCUGAAUGUAUCCCGGGAGGAGAGCAUUUUGGACUUGGUCCUCAGAUGGGUGAAUCAUAGCAGAAAAUCACGUGUCGAGCACCUGAUUGAACUCCUGAAGCAAGUGAGACUGGAACUUGUAAGCCCUUCUUUCCUGGUGGAAGCUCGGAAAAGGAACACGGUGCUUCUGUCUAAUUCAGAAUGCCAUGAUAUGAUUGAUGGAGCAUUAGAAACUAUAAAGAAAUCCAACCACCCCUCUCUCAGUCUUCGCUAUGGUAUGGAGACCACCAGUCUUCUACUUUGCAUCGGCAAUAAUUCUCUGGGGAUUCGAUCAAGACAUGGUAGCUAUGCAGAUGCCAGUUUUUGUUACGCUCCUGCAACACAAAAGACUUACUUCAUUUCCUCCCCGAAGUAUGGUGAGGGUUUAGGAUGUGUGUGUACCGGUGUUGUCACUGAGAACAACGAUAUUAUUGUGGCAGGGGAGGCCAGUGCUGUCAAAAUGUCUAGACAAAAAGCCAAGAACAUUGAAAUUUAUAGGUACCACAGUAGAGGAAACCGGUUUUGGCAAAGUUUGUGCACUGCUCAGUUUCGUGAACUCUAUGCCUUGGGCACUGUUCAUAAUGACCUGUAUGUCAUAGGAGGGCAAAUGAAACUGAAAAACCAAUAUCUGGUCACAAACUGUGUUGAGAAGUAUUCCAUGGAGCAAGAUAGCUGGAGAAGCGUGGCGCCUCUUCCGGUGCAACUGGCCUGCCAUGCUGUGGUAACAGUAAAUAAUAAACUCUAUGUGAUGGGAGGCUGGACACCACAGAUGGAUCUCCCUGACGAUGAGCUGGAUCGAUUAAGUAACAGAAUGUUGCAGUAUGACCCAGGCCAAGACAAAUGGACAGAGUGCACACCAAUGAAGUACUCCAAAUACCGCUUCAGCACAGCUGUAGUCAACAGUGAGAUUUAUGUCUUGGGAGGAAUUGGCUGCUUGGGUCGAGACAGGGGACAGGCACGGCAAUGUCUUGAUGCAGUGGAGAUUUAUAACCCUGAUGGGGAUUUCUGGAGAGAUGGGCCUCCGAUGCCUUCUCCUUUACUCAGCUUAAGAACCAAUUCCACUAAUGCAGGCUCGGUGGAAGGGAAGCUGUAUCUCUGCGGAGGAUUUCAUGGAGCAGCUCGCCAUGAAAUUAUCACCAAAACGAUCCUAGAGUUGGAUACGUGGGGAAACCAGUGGAAUGUGGUGGCCGUCAACGUCCUCAUGCAUGACAGCUACGAUGUCUGCCUCGUAGCUAGACUGAACCCCCGAGAUCUCAUCCCCCCACCCUCUGACCUAGUGGAUCAAUAGAAAUGCAGUUGUUCCUUGUGCUUUCAGAUUCUGCUGUAGCUGAAGAGUUCAGACUAGAGAGAGGUGUGCAGCUUGACCUUGGAACUGGCCUGAGGUGAAAACUGGGUUCUACAGAGAUGAGUCUGUGACAGGCUCAAGCAAGCAAUGCCUUAGACCUGUGAUUCUUUCAGCCACUGCUAUAUACUCAGUAUUGGUACUUCAGGCUUUUGUGAUUGAUCCUAUGGGCUUCCCGUCCCAAUAAGCCUCUGGAGUUGGCCCAGGCACCCUACCACAGCACUUCAUCAUUUAGCUGUGUAAGCGCUAAUGUGCAACGCAGGUUGGGCGGCUGUGGGCCUUAGCUUCACCAUCAUAGUUGCAGCCCAAAGCCCAUUGCAGGGUAAAGCAGCACAACUGAAUGAGAGCCCUAGCAGGUGAAGAUAACGUUUCAAGGGAAGAUUCUGCCUUCACUUACAUUUGGGGCACCCCAUUGAUUUCAGCUGGGUUAACAAGGGUAUUAAGAGACAGUAACCUUGGUCGAAAUUGGUACAGUUGUCCAAAAGGGGUAGGUUGAAGCUGACCCAGUGCAUGAGCAGUGGUAGUGGGAGAGAAGAGGCAAGGAGCCUUCCUUUCUUUUGCACUCCUGCAGAGCAGCCAAGCAUAGUCCUGGUGGGGAGCACAGACUAGAGCGAACAGUAACACUCACUACCUUAAAGAGGUUGGGAUGAAUGUGGGCCGUGGCCCUGCCUCCAGCCCCUCAACAGCCCGUGGAGGUGAACCAGUUUUUGGGGGAGAACAUCCUGCAUCUUCUCUCAGGGUUCUGAAGCUCCUGUACCAGUAUCAGGAGGAAAUCCAGCUCUCAAGGGCUCGUGCUGCUGUGUGACCAGGUGUAGCCAGUGCCUUGAAGGUACAAUCUGGCUCAGUUUCUAAGCCCUUCUUAGUUAGAACUUUGAAUACAAUAUUUGAGGGGGGGCGGGAAUGAAACACAAAAAUAAAAAUUAAACCAACUUUAUCAUCAGCUGACGAGAUUUGCUGCCAUGCAUCCACACAAAGAGAACAAAGAUUCCCACGGCAGCUCCUCAGCAGUCUUGCAGUCAUUGUUUAUAUCAGGCUCUUGUUUAAAUAGAAAUAGCUUUCAUGUAGCAUGGGGAUAAACUCUGCACCAAAAGGGGGAUUUUGCUGUUUCCAGAGGGACUAAGAGUAGUUCAGACAGAAUGAUCACAUUGAGCUUCUUGAAGCAGCAUUAGGUUCACAGGAUUAGAUGACAGUAGACUAGAAAUGUGCUAAAGUCUCGCCAGGUAGCUGAUUUCCAGUUUGAAUUAGUAAUAUCCAUUCAUGUGUACUCUCGUGCCUGCCUCAUUGUGUGUCUGAGUGUCAUUUCCUAGGCAGUACAGGCAAGAGGAUUGGGAAGCUGAGCAGUUCUGUUGGGCUGAAACGACAAUUGAGAGGAUGCUGCUUUACUCAUAAAAUGAGACGAUCAUUGGAGAACACGGCAAUAUGUUAUAAAGUGUUGAAACGCUCAAUAAUUAAUUUGCAGAAAAAAAGUUGCUGCUUAGGGUCACAAGACCAACAACAAAACUGGCAAGAAGUGAUCAGCAAAGACAGACUCAGUCCCCUUCAAGAGUUUGAGGACCGUUACUUGCAGAGCAGGAUUCACAGACUGGAAUGGUGUGCUACACUCUUCUUGAAUCAUAUAUUUGGUUGCAAAAGUUCCAGCAGUUUAUAAUUCUCCCUGCUGUGACCGGUAGCAGGAGGGAUGGAGAAGAUGACCCAAAUGGCCUUUCUCAGCUCUAAUUUCUGUGAUUCAUGAACUAUUCCCUUGAGUAUCCAGUGGAACUAUCAAUCUGUUUUAUAAAAACACUCAACAGGAAGUUCACCAAAGUUUGCUGGAUAUAUACAGUACUGCACUGAGGGUCAAUUGGGCAGUGGAUAUUUUGUGUUUUAAAAGGAAAGAAGAAAUGAGGCUGUGAUCCUUAUGACUCAGCUCUUAUCUCUCACAUGUUCCGUAGGCAGGAUAUGUUUGACAGUCUAAACUUUCACAUUUGUGUCUAUCACCUCUGUAACGUUAAAUCAUUCUUGUUUCUUUCCUAGGUUGACAUGAGAAGUGACCCAGUGUAACUUUAGGGCAGUGCUGCUGCCAAGAUUGCCUCAGUGCUACAAACUAAAGUGGCCAGUUCUUAGGAUCUCUCCUGAAAACUUGGGUUUUUAAAUGCUCUUUGCGGUCAGUAUCCAGGUGACAUUAAAGUUGCCCUUUAAUGUGUUGUAAAAAACACUAGAGAGUUUACCCAGUUUCCUAAAUCGUAACAAAGGAAAUUUUCCUUAACCCUUGCUGUUACUGCAGAAAAAUGAUAUCUGCUGUGUUGAAUCAUUACAGUUCAGCUAUGCAGCUUACUAGCUGACAGGGAGUGAUACUCUUGAGUGACAGCUCACUUAGGUGGAAAGUUCUUAGAGACAUAGUAUCUAUCGUCAAGGUUACUUUGAACACUGCAUCAACCUCUGUCGGUUUUGUUUCCUUUAUUAUUUUUCAUUUACAGCUUAGUGGGGAAAAAAAGUGUUUGUUUUUGUGACUAUUCCUGCUCUGGCUUCUAUGUUUCCUGAGGCUUGAAACUUAACUAGAUCUACAGGGGAUGUGAAAUACACUCCAUUAUAGAGAGCUGCCUCUAUAGAUCCUAGGGGAAUUUUGGAGGGGACAUUCAGGUUUGUGGUGGACAUAGCUAAAGCCCCUCCAUCAAGCUUGCAUGCCUGGGAUGAAGUGACCUUUCCUCCCCACUCCAUAUCUAUUGUUUUUUGUAUAGUUAUUGAAAGAACUGGGUGAAAACUGUGCAGUCCAUCUAGGUCUGUCUUGCUAGCAGAAGGCGGUAUCGAUUGAUAUAUUGUGUACCCUGUGUGUGGAUCCAGCUGUCAGAGCUGGGGUGGGUUCUGGGGGCCGUUGUCAUUUAGGGUGGCCUCCCCUCAUUAGAGAUACGUCAUGAAGUGCAGGAGCUCAGUCAGCCUUGGGCAUGCCCUGAGCACUGCUCAGCAUUCUAACCAAAGCUAGCAUAACUUUUGUCCCUUGUCCUGAACUCAUUUUCCUUUCUUCUUGUGGGGCAAGGAUUGUUUUGUUUUGGAGUUGUUUUUUCUGCUCUUUGUGGGGGUGGCAGGGAGAGGAUGGGAGUUUUCCAAAUGUCUCAUGGUGGAAAGUCCAAUAGAGUUGCUUAGGGACAUCUCAGGGUGGAGUUCUGUAAAUUCUUACAGUUCUGGAAAUUCUGUGGUCAGUCUAAAAGAUCUGGAAAGCCCAGGCUCUCUAAACUUUCUAAAUCAAUAAUUAGUACCGUAAUAAAAACUUGAGAGGGACAGGAGCAAGCAAGCUUAGUGGUAGAUAGUUUUGAGCCAAAAUCUUUCUCAGAUCUCUUGAUUCUUGCAGCCCCACUGCCACCUUCAUGAGUUCAGAAUUAAUUUCAUACUCAUGGGAAAGUUUGCACAUACCCACAAUAAUUAUUUGUUUCAUCCAUGGCCCAUCUCUGGUUAACUGUGGUGGCCAGUUCUUAGGAGCUCUCCUCAACACUCAGGUUUUUAAAUGCUCUUUGCUGUCAGAAUCAAAAUGACAGUAAAGUUGCCCUUUAACGUGUUAACUCAGAUUUUUCCCAAGGUUGUGCUUACAUCCGUAAUGCUAGUAUGCAAACAAAGACGUAUUGGCAAGAUGUGGCAUUGUAUAAAUGGAUGCUGUUAAGCAAAAACAGACAUGUUAAUUUCAGUUUCACUUGAAACUCUGAAAUAUAUCACCUGUUCCCAAAUUGGAAGGGACAAUUGAGAGGUAAUUUAGAGUAUUGCAAAUAAAGGAGAGGAGAAAAAAAUGAAAACUCUAUAAAAAGUUA